AAAAUAUUGCCGAAAAAACAUUAAUAAUAUAAAAAUUAAAAAGGGGAAAAAAAUAUUCGAUUCGAUCUUUCAAUCAAAAUAAUUGAAUUGAUUUUAUCAGUAAAUAUUGCAAUCUUAUGUGAUUUUCCUGAAAAUUUAAUUGGAGCGUUCAACCAUGGCGACAUUAAUACGAAGAAUAUACAACGGUUAUCGUCACAUUAAUGAAAACCUAUCAGAUCCUCGGACGCAAGACUACUUCCUCAUCGAAUCACCAUGGGGUUGUCUCGGUAUAAUAUUUUUUUACUUGUAUUUCGUGCACGAAUUGGGACCCAAUAUCAUGGCAAAGAGGAAACCAUUCAAUCUGGAUAGAAUUUUACAGAUAUAUAAUCUGAUUCAGAUAGUAUUAUGCGCAUUCGUAUUUUACAAGGCAUUAGUUUUAGCCUGGUUAAACGAUUAUAGUUUCUAUUGUCAACCAGUCGAUUAUUCAUACGACCCUCGUGCAGUCGAGAUAAGCAGGUUGGUUUGGUUGUACUUUGUGAUAAAGCUUUUCGACUUGCUCGAUACUGUUUUCUUUGUCCUUCGAAAGAAACAACAACAAAUAUCGUUCCUUCACGUCUAUCAUCACACAGGAAUGACUUUUGGCACCUGGGUAUCCACUAAAUUCUUGCCUGGUGGUCACAUCACCUUUAUAGGUACGAUAAAUUGUUUCGUUCACGUGAUUAUGUACACCUACUAUCUGGCCGCUUCGUUACGAGUAAGCAAACCAUGGUGGAAGAAAUACGUGACCCAAUUACAACUCACUCAAUUUUGUGCAAUAUUGGUACACUUUAUAUUGCUGGCGUGGAGUGAGGAUUGUGGUUUUCCGAAGUGGGUAGCUGCGGUGAUGAUUCCUCAAAAUCUCUUCAUGAUCAUACUAUUCGGCGAUUUCUAUUACAAAGAGUAUAUAAAAAAGCAUAAGAGUGCCACGAACGGUAUUACUUCGAACGAGAAGUUAAAAAGUCAAUAGAAAUUUUGUUUUUAUGCGUUUUUCAACAUCAUUGUUCAAUCUGUGACACACUGAGAGAUUACAUAUCGGAAAUCAGUUCAUCACAUUAUAGUUUAGACAUUUACAUUACCAUCCAUCACUAUUUGGCGAUCUUUUAUUGAAAAUAUACAAUAGGAAUGAAAUGAUAUAUAUAUAUUAUAG